AUGGCACACAUGCAACAGGGACAAAUUAAUGAUGUUGAUGAAGCUGCUCAACAAAAAUAUCACUUUGUUCAAGCAACAAAUACUAAUGGGCCGAAAAGAUAUUUGUCAAAUUCGAAUAAAUCAGUUUUUAAUUUAAAAUGGAAGCCUCCAGGUGCUAAACAAAAUCCAAUACAGAGUGAACAAAUAUACAUGCCAAAUCCAAAUCCUGGUUACGCCGUAGCACAUGCACCUGUUGAAUAUUAUUAUCCGUAUGCUCAUCCACCUGAGGCUACGAAGAAAAAACAACUGCCGAAAAAAACACGUCAACAGCCAGUGAAUGAUACAGUAAAAAAACCAAUAGGAAUAAAACAAAGUGAAAAAGCCGCCAAUUUAUACAGUAGUAAUAAAUUGAAAAUACAACAUUAUUAUGCUGAUUCACCAGAUGAAGCAAAACGACUUAUUAAUGAACUUCGACAAAAAGGCUUUGUCGAAACAGAUAUUAAAGUACAAGAAAGAGAUCCUGAUGAUAAUUAA